UGUUGAAGGAGACUAUACAACGUGGGUUUACCGCUUUUGAGCAAUUUUUUCUUUUCAAUUUCAUUGGACGAAGUGGAAAAAUGAGUUAUUCAGUGAAAAAAACUGGUGGAAGAAUGUGGCAUGAGGCGAGGAAGCAAGAGAAAAAAAUACGUGGGAUGCUCGUGGAUUAUCGACGACGUGCUGAACGACGUCGAGAUUACUACGAAAAGAUUAAAUCAGAUCCAACUCAGUUUCUCCAACUUCAUGGUAGACCAUGUAAAAUUCAUUUAGAUCCUGCAAUUGCAGCAGCAGGAGACAGCCCUGCUAAUAUGAUGCCUUGGCAAGGUCAUCAAGAUAAUCUGAUAGAUCGGUUUGAUGUCAGAGCUCAUCUUGAUUGGAUUCCAGAAGCCAAUAAUAAAAAUGACAUUGAAAUUCCAUUAACUAGUGAGGAUAGGCAUAUUAAUUAUGAAAGAUAUCGAAUUAUUGUACAAAAUGAGUUUCUUGGAGUACCAGAGGAAAAAUUCCUACAUCAAAUUCAUUUAGAGGAACAGUAUGGCUCUUCUACAAAAUUAGAAGUUAAUAAAGAUAAAAAAAAAUCUAGCAAUAAUGCUGCAAUUGGUUAUAAUUAUGAAACUGAUGAAGCAAUUUUAGAAGCUCCUAAAACAGAUUCUAGUGUACCAGAAGAAAAAGAAGACGAUGAUAGUGAUAUAGAUUUAGAUAUAUGUGUUGAUGUUUCACAGAUUGAACCUGCACAGGCACAUGAAAUGAAUCAAGUGGCUCAAAAAUAUGGACUGUUAGGUGCUGAUUACUUUAGCUUUUUAACUCAAGAUUUUGAAGAAGCAGAAAAUUUACGCCAAGCAAGAAAACAGGAAGAAGAAAAAGCAAUGUAUUCAGGUAGAAGAUCUCGAAGAGAAAGGCGAGCAUUUAGAGAGAAAAAAAUGAUUGGUAGAAUCAUGAGUCCACCAAGCUAUGCUGCACGAGAAAGUCCGGAGUACAAUCCAUAUAGAAAGUCAUCUUCCAGAUCACGCUCUCGUUCUGCAUCACCAGUUAAUGCCGGCCAAAUAACUUAUAUAACUAGUUUUGGUGGUGAAGAAGAAGUCGCGACUCAAAGUAGUUCUUCCAACGCAACAUUAGCUUCAAAGAAAGUCAAUUCUUUAAAUCACAAAAAGAGAAGGUCACGAAGUUUAUCUGUAAAUAAUAGAUUAUCAAAUAGAAAAAACGCAAAACAAAAGUCGAGAAGUCGUUCGCGGUCCCGUAGUAAAUUGUAUCGCAGACGUGAUUCCAGAAGAAGUUCAUCUUAUUCUAGAUCACACCUAAAUGUGUCACGAAGUAGAAAGUACCGACGAUCAAGGACGCGAAGUCGGUCUCGUUGGUCCCGUUCGUAUUCCAGGUCAAGAUCGCGCGGCAGACGAUCCUACAGUAAAUCUUGGUCACGAUCACGGUCAAGGUCGCGGUUGCAAUCGAGGUCGAGGUCGCGCACGCGCUCUCACUCGAAGAGAUCGAGAUCGCGCUCGAUUUCGACAACCUCCUCAUCCAGUAGAUCUAGAUCGAGAUCCAAGCCCAGGGAUAUCAAGAAACAGCAAUUUUCCAAAUCGAAGUCGAGGUCGAAAUCAAGGGCGAAAACGGUGUCAAAAUCGCCUUCAAGGUCAAGAUCAAAGUCAUCAAGGUCGAAGUCAAGGUCCAGAUCCAGAGACAGAGGCAAAUCAAGAACGGAGUCUAGAUCAAGAUCAAGAUCUCCCAGCCAAAGUCGCAGCCAAUCCAGAUCCAGAAGCCGAUCUAACAGCAAACGAUCCAAUAGCUCCGAUAAUAAACCACCGGCAGUUCCAAGGUAUUAUGGUAGACGGGGAAAGUCUUCAAGUUUAGAAUUAGAAUUAUCCGACAGUGAGGAAAAAAAUAAUCAAUCUGUCUCCAAAUCUUCAUCUACUUUAAUUACAAACAAGCCAAAAGCAGGGUUAAGUACAAAUACUGGUGGCAGCCACAAAAAUGCAAAAAUUACACCGCAGGAGCGGCUUAAGAAGAAGAUGCAAGCUUUAUUGAAUAGGCAAUAUAAAGCGGACAAGAAAGCCGAACAAGCUCGCAUGGAAAAGAUUGAGCAGCAGAGACAAGACAGAGAGGACGAAAUAAGAGAAAUGUCUCUGAAACUUCGCAGAAAGCAAAGGGAGCGGCGACAUCGUUAUGAAGGUCACAGUUCUGAAUCUCGUUCGAGCGUAUCUCGUUCACCAACUCCAGAUCACAGUUCACGCGGAUCUGCUCGUAAAGACAGGCGAGAUCGUGAACACAGAAAGCACAACGAUGACCGAGACCGAGAACGAACGCGAGAAAGAAGAAGUACCGACAGAGAAAGGAGUAGCAGGCACAAUUCGCGAAGACGACAUCGCACUUCGCCACGACAUUCUAGCCCUAAAGCUAAUCGAGGAUUAGUUGAUUACUAGGUGACUUGUGAAAGUGAUAAGGAUUGAAAAAAUCAGAACUUAUAACUUGAGUGCUGUGAAUUUUUUAAAAAUUGCCAACACUUGUUUUAUGUUAUUUUAACACUUGAUGACUGAUUAAUA